UUUCAACCCUAGACAGAAUCUAUUUUUGCUUUUCUCUGCCUUGAUCACAUGUCGACCUCCUCCGACGAAGACGACGUCGAACGGAUACCACUGUGCUCGCGGCCGGAGUGGUCCGAUGUCCAACCUCUGCCGCAGGACGAUGGCCCCAACCCGGUCGUCUCCAUCGCCUACCGCGAUGAGUUCCGCGAGACAAUGGACUACUUCCGCGCCAUCUACGCUGCCGACGAGCGGAGCUGCCGCGCCCUCGAACUCACCACGGAGGCCAUCGGGAUGAACCCGGGCAACUAUACUGUUUGGCACUUCAGACGCCUUGUGCUCGAGUCAUUGAAUGCAAACUUACAUGAAGAAAGGGAUUUUGUUGACAGAAUUACUUUCCAGAAUUCUAAGAACUACCAGAUCUGGCACCACCGGCGGUGGCUUGCUGAGAAACUGGGAACAGAAGCAGCGAAUAGAGAACUGGAGUUUACCAAACAAGUGUUUGCUCUUGAUGCUAAAAAUUAUCAUACUUGGUCUCAUAGACAGUGGGUUCUUGAGUCAUUAGGUGGAUGGGAAAAUGAGCUUGAAUUUUGCUGUGAGCUUCUUGAAGAUGAUGUUUUCAACAAUUCAGCUUGGAAUCAGAGGUAUUUUGUCAUCACCCGAUCGCCGCUGCUCGGAGGCCUACAAGCCAUGAGAGAUUCUGAAGUGUGCUAUACGAGCAAAAUAAUCUUAGCCGACCCACACAACGAAAGCCCUUGGAGAUACCUUCGAGGGCUUUACAAGGGUGAAAUCCAAAUGUUAAUCAGCGACAAUAAAGUACCUGAGCUAUGUUUGAAGGUUUUGGAGAUAAAUAAAAGCAACUUGUUUGCUUUGAGCCUGCUCCUGGAUCUUCUUUCUCGAGGCCACCAACCCUCCGAUGAGCUUAGAGCCGUCAUCGGAGCUUUAAGAAGCUCGCAAGACAUUGCAGGAACUCAUGGCUUGGCUGCUACUUUGUGCCUUGUAUUGGAGACAGUGGAUCCAAUGCGAUCAAGCUACUGGGCGUGGCGGAGGACAAAUCUUCCGACUGGAGUUUGUUAAAACCCUUCUUUUGAAUUUAGACACUUUGAAAGAUGCAAUUGGGAUGGAGGAACGAAUAUUGGAUCAUGUAAAUUAAGUAUUUAUUUAGAGUUGUGUUUGCUACUCAUGGGUAGGUUGUGCCUACCAUCCUCUGGACUGAAAUUGGACUUUGUACGAUAUCGACUCUUUGACCUCGAGUUCCUCGCAGGUGUUGAAAGAGUUGGUUGAUCCUCAAGGAAUCCAUCCGGAUAUAGAAAUUGGACUU